GGAGAGGUUGCUGCCGUACAGCAAGAUGGCGGCGCCCGCGCUAGGCGGCCGCGGCGUAGAUAAAAUUAUGAAAAACUACGUAAAAUUUAUUCACAGUCCAAAGAUCAAAUAAGGAUCGAGCAGAGCAUAAUGAGGAAACCAGCCGAAGUUAGAAGUUUCUACGGAACUGUUCGUGUGUCCUGCAUGUGUAUGGAAAUGCCUUUCACAAGAUGGGCACUAUACUAUUAAAUAUUAAUAAUUCUGAAAAGUGAACUGUUGAAAAAACGACCUCAGGAAGAAUUUGCUCCAAAAAGUGAGUGUGAAUACGUGCUCUGGUUUGUAGGAGAUGUUUCCUUCCCCCCCAAAAAGUGGUGCUUACGAUGUCUGUGGUACAUCAGCUGACAGCAGGGUGGCUCCUGGAUCAUCUCUCUUUCAUCAACCAGUGUGGCUACGAGAUAUAUGACUCCUUUGUGCGUCCUUGUUGUGUUACCCUUAAUACUUCUGACUCUUUGGCUGGGGAUCACUAUCCUGCUUCUACGUGUGCUACCACCCACUUGUCGAGAAAUGCUUCUGGUCCUGGUGCUGGAGAUGCUGUAGAAACAGAAGGUAAAACAGGAAAAACAAGAUAUGUGUUUCGUGAAGAGUUCUUUCAUAUUUUAAAGCCCCAUAUAGUCACAGCUGCUCAGGAGCAGCUGUGGCAGGGAGGCUCUGAGGUGAGCCUCACAGAAACAGAGGCCAGCAGCGGCGGGGUGGAGAAUCGAGGAGGAACCAAGGGUGGCAUUGGAGAUCUUGUUGCCAGAGCAAGGAAGAAACGCAAAAGAAAAUGUGUAUUCAACCAAGGCGAACUGGAUGCAUUAGAAUACCAUACAAAGAUCAGGGAGCUCAUCUGGGAAGGCACUUUGCAUUUAGUCCAAGAAGGAGUCAAAAGUGGUUUUCUUCACUGCACUACUACAAAACUCAGUUGCAGCAAGAAUGUUGUUCCAGGACACAUUGACUGUGGGUUGGCCGAGUUAUGUGAAAUGGCAAAGCAGUUUCCAGCAAUAAACAACAGUGACCGUCAAGCUGUACAAGCAAUAGAUGAUGAAACCUUCAUUCCGGAGCAGGGCCUGCUUUCAUGUAUUACAGAAAACAACUCAAGCUAUGCAAAGAUGAUUGAGUUAAUGGGGCAGAAGUACUUGGUGCCACCAAAAAGCAGUUUUCUUUUAUCUGAUAUUUCAUGUUUGCAGCCACUGCUGAAUUACAAGAAAAAAUAUGAUGUAAUUGUGAUGGAUCCACCAUGGGAAAACAAGUCUGUUAAAAGGAGUAACCGAUAUGGCCACUUGUCUUCCUGGCAAAUCAAGCAGAUUCCUGUAUCAGCGCUAGCUGCUCCAGGUUGUCUUGUAGUCACGUGGGUGACUAACAGACAGAAGCACUUACGUUUUGUUAAGGAUGAACUUUAUCCUCAUUGGUCUGUGAAAACACUUGCUGAGUGGCACUGGGUCAAAAUUACCAAAUCUGGAGAAUUUGUAUUGCCUUUGGAUUCUUCCCACAAAAAGCCCUAUGAAGUUCUUGUUUUGGGGAGAGUUCAAGGAAGCAUAGAGGAAGCCUUGAGGAAACCUGAUGAUGUACUUCCAAUUCCAGAUCAUAAGUUAAUUGUCAGCGUACCCUGCAGCCUACAUUCACAUAAACCCCCUCUUACUGAGGUUCUGGCAGAAUUUAUCAAGCCAGAUGUGGAAUGUCUGGAGUUGUUUGCUCGCAACCUACAGCCUGGUUGGACCAGCUGGGGAAAUGAGGUUCUGAAGUUUCAGCACAUUGAUUAUUUCACUGUUCUGCAGGAUGAAAAGUGAUUUGGGUCUUAACUCAGAUAUUCCUCUCCUACAGCAGGUUCUAGAAUUUGCUUUUAUUAUUGAUGGUGCACUCAGAAGUUUUUUUUAAAGAAAAGUUGUAUUUCAGUUAAAAUUCUUGAAGUAACAGAAUGGUUAGAGUAUAUGCAUUUGUACAAUCUGUUCCUUUAUUCUAAUUUUAGAAAGAUAAAUGCUGAUGUUAGAGUGUAAUGCCAUCCGUGAUUUUAUUUUUUUCCCCGCAAACCUCAAAAGAAAAAGCUAUUUUUCAUUAUUCUCAUUGCAACUGUCACAAAUGUGAGCACCAUAAGCGCUACAGUAUUAUGCUUGGAUGGUAAUGCAUUAUUUUUAAAGACUGACAGGAGAAGUAAAUAGUUCUGAAUUAGAUAUGUUUCCAAAAAGAAGGUUGGUGUUUGCAAAGCAAUGGAUUUUGAACUAAAAUAAUUUUGAAGACAACGUGUACUUGUACAUGUUUGUAUCUCUUUGUCUGCCUCAGAAGAAAUAAUGGGAGCAGUGCUUGUGUUAAUUGGCACAUGAAUUGUUGACUGAGCACAUUUGAUAUAAAAUUACACUUUUAAAACAGUCAGCAAUUCCAUCCUUCUGUGUAUAGUGUUAAUUCUUUGAAUAAAUUGUAAAUGAUCAAAUUCUCAAAAUCUUACACAUUCUUCAUAUUAAGCCAUUAGAUUUAACUGAAAUUUUAACAGAAUUUUAAAAUCUUAUAAAUUCUAUUUUCUUAUGGUGUUGAAACAUUAUAAGUCAUGCAGGUGAGCUCUAUGUUUCAACUUGCUUUUCUUUUUUUUUCUUUUUUUUUUUUUAAGAUGGUACAUUUCAUGUGUACUCUGCAGUCUUUAGAUUUGUUUUGAAAAAUAAAAAGGAAACUUAGUGAAGCUCUGCCUCUUAUUCAUUUGCAGCAAUAGAGACAGAACUGAUGGACAAGCUGAUUUGUCUGAUGGCAAUCUCCUGAGCUGUUGUUGGGUUAUUUUUUAUAAUGGGGAACAAAAUACAUUGUAUGCCUUUUUUACGUUCAAUUCACUUCUGGUAGUCUAAUAGUUAAUGUUUUUUAGAUGUUAGUAAAUAAUCUUUUAUAAUUCUAUAAUUAAAAUUAAGAUGAAAAA